AUGGUGGUGCAGGCAGGAAUAGUGAUGAAUAUCGAAGCACAAAUUCGAGAAAUUCAAGGAAAAAAGCCUGCUCUUGAUGAAGCACAAGGAGUAGGCCUUGAUUCCACAGGAUAUUAUGAUCAAGAAAUUUAUGGUGGCAGUGACAGCAGAUUUGCUGGAUAUGUCACUUCUAUUGCAGCAACUGAAUUGGAAGAUGAUGAUGAUGACUACCCUUCCACAAGUUUGCUUGGCCAGAAGAAGCCAGGAUACCAUGCUCCAGUGGCAUUGCUUAAUGACAUACCACAGUCUACUGAACAGUAUGAUCCUUUUGCAGAGCACCGUCCUCAAAAGAUUGCAGAUCGGGAAGAUGAGUACAAAAAGCACAGGCGGAUGAUGAUAAUUUCCCCUGAGCGUCUUGAUCCUUUUGCAGAUGGAGGGAAGACUCCAGACCCUAAAAUGAAUGCCAGAACAUACAUGGAUGUUAUGCGUGAACAGCAUUUAACAAAAGAAGAGAGGGAAAUUAGGCAACAACUAGCUGAAAAAGCUAAAGCUGGAGAGCUCAAAGUCGUCAAUGGAGCCGCUUCUCAGCCACCUUCAAAACGCAAACGGCGUUGGGAUCAGACAGCUGAUCAGACUCCUGGUGCUACACCUAAAAAAUUGUCCAGCUGGGAUCAAGCAGAGACUCCUGGACACACCCCAUCUCUGCGAUGGGAUGAAACUCCAGGCCGCGCAAAGGGUAGCGAAACUCCAGGUGCCACCCCAGGCUCAAAAAUCUGGGAUCCAACUCCCAGUCACACACCAGCAGGAGCUGCAACACCCGGCCGGGACACACCUGGUCACGCAACACCGGGCCAUGGAGGUGCCACUUCCAGUGCACGGAAAAAUCGAUGGGAUGAAACCCCCAAAACAGAAAGAGAUACUCCGGGCCAUGGCAGUGGCUGGGCUGAGACACCUCGUACAGAUAGAGGUGGUGACUCCAUUGGUGAGACACCAACCCCAGGAGCGAGCAAAAGGAAGUCACGCUGGGAUGAAACACCUGCCAGCCAGAUGGGUGGCAGCACUCCUGUUCUGACACCUGGCAAAACACCCAUCGGUACCCCAGCUAUGAACAUGGCAACCCCUACCCCAGGUCACAUCAUGAGCAUGACUCCUGAACAGCUGCAGGCUUGGCGCUGGGAGAGGGAAAUUGAUGAAAGAAACAGACCACUUUCUGAUGAAGAAUUGGAUGCUAUGUUUCCUGAAGGAUAUAAGGUUCUCCCACCCCCUGCUGGUUACGUGCCCAUUCGUACUCCUGCUCGGAAGCUCACAGCGACUCCAACGCCUCUGGGGGGUAUGACAGGAUUCCACAUGCAGACAGAGGACCGCACUAUGAAGAGUGUUAAUGACCAGCCAUCUGGCAACCUGCCAUUCCUGAAACCAGAUGAUAUCCAGUACUUUGACAAGCUGCUGGUUGAUGUUGAUGAAUCGACUCUGAGUCCUGAGGAACAGAAGGAAAGAAAAAUAAUGAAAUUGCUUCUGAAAAUAAAGAAUGGCACACCUGCUUGUUUCUGUCCCCCUUCCCUUAUUAGGGUGAAGGAGAGAAUCAGAAGAGUAAAAUUCUGUGGAGGUUGGGGCAAGUAUUUGGAAGCUGGUGGAUGUAGUCAAUUACAUUUUAAUGUUGUUAGUACCUGUUUUAUGAUUGCUCAGUGUUUUUUCCUUAGUUUAACUGGCAGGUUUUCUGGUUUUGUUCAGGCUGCGUUGCGGCAAAUUACAGAUAAAGCUCGGGAAUUUGGAGCAGGGCCACUGUUCAAUCAGAUUCUGCCUCUGCUGAUGUCACCAACACUCGAAGAUCAGGAGCGUCACUUGCUUGUCAAAGUCAUCGACAGAAUUCUUUACAAAUUGGAUGACUUGGUCCGACCAUACGUACACAAGAUCCUUGUCGUCAUUGAGCCACUGCUGAUUGAUGAAGACUACUAUGCUAGAGUGGAAGGCAGAGAAAUUAUUUCCAACUUGGCUAAGGCUGCGGGUUUGGCAACAAUGAUCUCCACAAUGCGACCUGAUAUUGAUAACAUGGAUGAGUAUGUCAGAAAUACAACAGCUCGAGCCUUUGCCGUUGUUGCGUCUGCUCUGGGCAUUCCUUCUCUGUUGCCCUUCCUAAAAGCUGUCUGUAAAAGUAAAAAAUCCUGGCAGGCCAGACACACUGGCAUCAAGAUUGUACAGCAGAUUGCUAUUCUUAUGGGUUGUGCUAUCCUGCCUCAUCUCAGGAGCUUGGUUGAAAUUAUUGAGCAUGGGCUGGUGGAUGAGCAGCAGAAAGUUCGCACCAUCAGUGCUUUGGCCAUUGCUGCUUUGGCUGAGGCAGCCACUCCCUAUGGUAUUGAGUCAUUUGAUUCUGUCCUGAAGCCCUUGUGGAAGGGUAUUCGUCAGCACAGAGGAAAGGGUUUGGCUGCAUUUUUGAAGGCUAUUGGUUACCUGAUUCCACUCAUGGAUGCCGAGUAUGCAAACUACUACACUAGAGAAGUCAUGCUGAUUCUUAUCAGAGAGUUCCAGUCUCCUGAUGAAGAGAUGAAAAAAAUUGUGUUGAAGGUGGUAAAGCAGUGUUGUGGUACAGACGGUGUUGAAGCAAAUUACAUUAAAACAGAAAUCUUGCCACCCUUCUUCAAACAUUUCUGGCAGCACAGAAUGGCACUGGACAGAAGAAAUUACAGACAGUUGGUUGAUACAACUGUGGAGCUGGCAAAUAAAGUUGGAGCAGCAGAAAUUAUUUCUAGGAUUGUGGAUGAUCUGAAAGAUGAGGCUGAGCAGUACAGAAAAAUGGUCAUGGAAACAAUUGAGAAGAUAAUGGGAAAUCUGGGGGCAGCAGACAUCGAUCAUAAACUGGAAGAGCAGCUCAUUGAUGGUAUUUUGUACGCCUUUCAGGAACAGACAACAGAGGAUUCUGUGAUGUUGAAUGGCUUUGGCACAGUGGUUAAUGCUCUAGGCAAAAGAGUGAAACCCUACUUGCCACAGAUCUGUGGUACAGUUUUGUGGCGUUUGAACAACAAAUCAGCCAAAGUCAGGCAACAGGCCGCUGACCUGAUCUCUCGUACUGCAGUUGUCAUGAAGACUUGUCAAGAGGAAAAACUGAUGGGACACUUGGGUGUUGUUUUGUAUGAGUACCUGGGUGAAGAAUAUCCUGAAGUACUGGGCAGCAUACUUGGAGCGCUUAAGGCAAUUGUGAAUGUUAUAGGUAUGCAUAAGAUGACGCCACCAAUCAAAGACCUUCUGCCACGGCUAACACCUAUUUUGAAGAACAGACAUGAGAAAGUACAGGAAAAUUGUAUUGAUCUUGUUGGGCGUAUUGCAGACAGAGGUGCAGAGUAUGUUUCUGCAAGAGAAUGGAUGAGGAUCUGCUUUGAACUGCUUGAAUUAUUAAAAGCCCACAAGAAAGCUAUCAGAAGAGCCACAGUAAACACUUUUGGUUAUAUUGCAAAAGCUAUUGGACCUCACGAUGUAUUGGCCACACUGCUAAACAACUUGAAAGUACAGGAAAGACAAAACAGAGUAUGUACUACAGUAGCAAUUGCUAUUGUGGCUGAAACAUGCUCACCUUUCACAGUGCUGCCUGCACUCAUGAAUGAAUACAGAGUUCCAGAACUAAAUGUGCAGAAUGGUGUGUUAAAAUCUCUUUCUUUCCUGUUUGAAUACAUUGGAGAGAUGGGAAAAGAUUACAUUUAUGCUGUUACACCAUUGCUUGAAGAUGCGUUAAUGGACAGGGAUCUUGUACACAGACAAACAGCCAGUGCUGUGGUGCAGCACAUGUCCCUUGGUGUUUAUGGGUUCGGCUGUGAAGAUUCUCUUAAUCACUUGUUAAAUUACGUGUGGCCCAAUGUGUUUGAAACCUCUCCUCACGUCAUCCAGGCAGUUAUGGGGGCUCUGGAGGGCCUCAGAGUUGCUAUUGGGCCCUGCAGGAUGUUACAGUAUUGUUUACAGGGUUUGUUUCACCCUGCCAGAAAAGUCAGAGAUGUUUAUUGGAAGAUCUAUAAUUCAAUCUACAUCGGAUCACAGGAUGCUCUGAUAGCACAUUAUCCAAGAAUCUAUAAUGAUGAGAAGAACACCUAUAUUCGUUACGAACUUGAUUACAUCUUAUAAUCUUGUUCAGUUGUUCGUGUUUAAUGCACAGCUGUUGUUCAGUUAAAUGCUUCAGAUUUCAUGAUGUAAAAUUUAAAAAUUUUGGAGAUCAGUGUAGAGCUGGUCAGAGGCAGAGCUAGGUAUCCAGUAGCAUGAUUUUUUAAAUAUGUCCUUGUUUUUUGAUGUUAAACAGUUAAAGCCAGUAGUGACCAACAAAACAGUGAUUACAAUGUACUGGAGGGAUUUUCGUUCCAUCUUUAUGAAGAUUUAGAUUUCAUUCCUUGUGUUUAAAGGGGAAGUUUAUUUGAGAAAUAAACAUUUGUGUAUAAAAACUAAUUUGUGUGUGGUUUUUGGACAGAGGGGCUUGUAAAAUAAGUCCCUUUGAAUUAAGUAUUUGUUCAUGUAAUGAAUAGGUGGUAUAAAACAUUUUAACCCUUUUUGUCAUCCACUAGCUUUUGAAUAAAUAAGAAAAAUGUA